UAAAAAUAGUUUAGUAACCUGAACGAAACUACAAGCAUAGAUCAGUGGCCUAUAAUGUAAUUGACCACCUUUUUCCCUCGCACAGUUGAAGGCGUUGGAAAGUGGGGCAACAAACCCGCGCGCUUGCUUCGUUGUCUCCGCCUCCUCUCUCUCUCUCUCUCUCUCUCUUCCUCUGUAUCACACACUUUCCUGUUUCCAGCUUCCAUUGCCCUAAAAACCUUCGCCCCGCCUCUGAAAUCUGGACCGCAAACAGUUGCCGCAUUGUUCUCUCGAUUGCUACACUCUACGCCGCCGCCGCCGUGCAUGAUCUCUUGCCCGGGGCAAGAAAAUGUCGUCGGCGAUUUCCAGUUUCACACCCUGCGGUCGAGGUGGAAUCUCGACGACUCCCGCCGGGAGGAGUCCUCGUCUGGAUUGGCGAGCUUACGCAUCUCCAAUUUCGUUGCCGGCGGCUCAGAAUGAAGCAUUCAGAAUUUCCAGAUUGUCACUCUGUAGUUCAAGCCGAAUGGUGAAAGAUCGAACUGUGAGAAUGGCAUUGGUGGAUGAGCCGAGGCUCGCUCGGGGGACUAGAAUGGCUGAGCAGCCGCCUGGAGUCUUGGCGUAUGAACUUGUCCAAGGACCACUUGUAGAAUGGAGCUCAUCGAGGGACAAAUCAGUAGCUGAUCCACCGACAGCUGUACUUCUUCAUGGGAUUCUGGGUAGCCGGAAGAAUUGGGGUACUUUUGCUAGACGGCUUGCUCAAGAGUUUCCAAUGUGGCAGUUUCUUUUGGUAGACUUGCGAUGCCAUGGUGAUUCUGCAUCAGUCAAGAGGAGGGGAGUGCAUUCUGUUGCAUCAACUGCAUCAGAUGUCUUAAAGCUGGUAGCACAUCUUAGGAUAACACCCCGGGUCUUAAUUGGCCACAGCUUUGGAGGAAAAGUUGUUCUAAGCAUGGUUGACCAGGCUGCCAAGCCUCUUGCAAGGCCAAUCAGAGUAUGGGUUCUAGAUGCCACUCCUGGAAAAGUCCGAGCAGGGGGAGAUGGAGAAGACCAUCCUGCAGAACUUAUAUCUUUCUUGAGGAGAUUGCCAGAAGAGGUCACUUCGAAAAGAGAAGUUAUAAGUGCUCUUCUCAGAGAAGGAUUUUCUAAAGACGUCGCACAGUGGGUGGUAACUAAUCUUAGACCAAGCGGACCUCCUUCCUCCCCUUCUUCAAAGUUCUCAUGGAUGUUCGAUCUGGAAGGGAUAUCAGAAAUGUACCACUCCUACGAAGAAACUAAUUUAUGGAAAUUCGUGGAGAACGUGCCUCGAGGAGUGCACCUCAACUUCUUGAAAGCAGAGAGGAGUUUGCACAGAUGGGCCUUGGAAGAUCUCCAGAGAAUUCAUGCCGCUGAAGACAUUGCUUCGGAGGAAGGCAGUGGAGUCGAAAUGCACGUCCUAGAAGAUGCAGGCCACUGGGUACAUACUGAUAAUCCAGAUGGUCUCUUCAGGAUUCUUUCACCUUCGUUCCAGGGAUUCAAAUCCUGAUGACAAGCUCUUUGCUCGGCUCAGAUUUUGCCCGAAACAUACCAGUAAUGUGUACAAUAUCAGUUAGAUACGUACGAUUUCGCUAGUGAACUCAAAGUUUAGU